AUGUCGACUCUCAGGCUCGCGACAGCUUCUAAUGUGCGCGCCUUCCGAAUCCUUACCGACGCUCUCGCGACGAGCCAAGGCAAGUGGGCGCAAUGGAUAGAUGACGACGCACUCAAUGACGAGAUCGGAAGAUUUCGAGUCUGGGCUGGUAACCUAGGUGCGUUGCAAAAAGGCCACAGCUCGCUCGACUACAGAUUGCGCGACUCCCCGAAUUUGUCCAGCAGUGCGCUCAAACUGUUGAACGAGCUUGAACACAACCUCAGCGAAACCCAUGCCGUCGUGUCAGAAGCGCGUCUGCCGUAUGAAGCGCAACCACCACCUGACGAACCUGAGGACGAGGAGAGCGAUGAUGACUUCUUUGUCGAAGAGGAGGAUGAGGACGAAAGUGACAGUGAUGAGGAGAGGAUUGAGCUGAAGAUGCGACUCGAAGAGAUAAUCGACAUAAUCGACAAUCUCUACAAACUUAGCGUCCGCAUCAGAACGCCUAGCGUACGCUUGAGAUCGCUCAAAGCCUCCUCGUAUACCUUGAAAGAUCUCGAGACCGGCGUUGACGUCCUCGAGGAAUAUGCCAACCAGGACAAACGGCAUGUUUACGAGCUACUUUCGGAGCUGCGAAAUUCGCAUCCUGAUGAAGUACAAGACUUCUUGGCUGAGCGGCUAAGUUCAGCUAUCACUUUGCGCAGGCGGCAUUUCAAGUACUGGAAGCGGCAUCGUGAUAAAUUGGGUGCUACUGCAGUUCCUGAUGAGACACCAAAACCUGACAUGUUCGCUUCGCAUCAGACAUCAGACCCAGUCCCUGAUGACACCCCCGGAGCUCAUCCGAUUGUUACCCUGCCCGCCGUUAUGCAACCCACGCCCAGCCAAAAGACUGGCAGGACUUUACUAUCGGGCACGGAAGCGACACAGCACUAUCAGUCAUUAGAUGACAUUGUAGACAGCAAAUCCGUCACGAGUUACGCUCCAACAGUGAAAGACAUGAACGGCAAGGGAAUCGAAUUACCCCCACCUCCAAAAGCUGCGAGCGGCGACAAGGACUUUGAGUGCCCGUACUGUUGGGUAGUCUGUCCCGCAAGAUAUGAUACCAAAGGUGUGGGUGACCUACAAAACCACCUUGCGAAUCAUUUGGAGCGCUUCGCUACCUUCGCUCUGCCGCAUGGCAGAGCAGACGACGAAGACGGUGCGAGUGGCACUGCGAGUCGUGGUAGCUGCAACACCCAGGCUUUAUCCGAGCCGAUAGAUUCCGAUGAAAGCAACGCGUCGCUUGCGCUCAAUAGAGACCUGGAGUCUGAGCAGUCAUUCGGGCCAGAUCAUGUAGCUGAUCCUAGUCAAAGUUUGCUGUCCGCAGAGACGCUGCAGCAACUUCCUGAUGAGAGUAACAAUCGAAUGGCGAUGAUCUCAAAUCAGGUGGAAGACCCAGACGAUUCGGAAGACGAGCAACCCGAUGAUGGACAGCUGGACGACAAUAUACUGCCUGAGCAUCAAAAACAUCUAGAAGAACGAGAGGCCUUCAGACAACACGUCUCAUCUUUGCCAGGAGUUCUGUCGGUUCGGUUCUAUCGAGGUUACGGCUCAUGGACUGGCCUGAUCACGUUUGCGGAUGAUCUGGUUGGUGAAGCAGCAACAACACUCUUUGAUACUGAGCGCUUCCCCGAUGUUCAAUUCCAGAGUAAAAAUAACAAAAGCAAGUGGAAGUUUACCAGAGUCACUGGUACGGACAGAAAGAAUUCAUUCAACCGCCAGCCAACGGCGGACACACAGACCACCGAAGAAGCGGAUAUACUUCCGUCCGGAUCUGAAACCUAUGAUGAAGAAGAUGAAGCAUCAAGCAAACAAGCGAUUAUUACGACUGCCGAAAUACCUACGUUACGCUCGCUUUACCAGUCCCGGCGGCUGUUGCAGCGCGAUCAGAGCUUUGCGCCAAACGAUACCUACAAUCAGAUGAUUUCGUUCUGUCAUUAUGAUCUGACAAGGUUGCAAGUGGAUGCUAUCGUCAACAAUGCUUCAGCCAAUUUCCAGGCCGAUCCAGAUCCAGAUUCUUUGCACCACGCUAUUUACAAAGCCGGUGGCUCAGGGCUCAGGGAAGAGGCGAAAUCAAAACCCAAGGUCAAAGUCGGCCAAGUCGAACUUACACACGGACACAAGCUUCCGAGCUCAUGGGUGAUUCAUGCAGCUGCGCCAGGAUAUACAGGUCGCAAAGGCGUUGGCCAAUUCAACGUCCUUUCCGAGUGCUAUCGGAGUGCUAUGAAAAUGGCGGCCAACCACGAGUUCAAAACCAUCGCCUUUCCUUGUCUGGGUACUGGAGGUUGCAUGUUUCCUGCACGUGUUGCUGCACGUAUAGCGCUGCAAGAGAUGAGAGAGUACCUGGAUUCACAUCCUAGACAUCGACCUGAGCGGAUCAUCUUCUGUGUGCGAGCAGCAAUCGAUGAGAAGGCGUAUACCGACUUCUUACCGGUAUUCUUUCCACCCACGCAUGGAGACUUGGACAGAGCCAGAACUUCUGACUGGUCCGCAAAUCGUGCUGCGCUAGCAGCUCAGGUUCUAGAGGCGCGUACGCAACUCCAAAAUGCAUUGACUGCAAUCACUGUUACCUACGACUUUGGCACGCAAAGUACGGUCUGUGCUCACGACAUGCGUAGGAUCGACUCUACGCUGAGUUCGAUCCGCAAAUAUCUCUUGGGGUCGAAAGAGCUCAAGCGGAGUCUGGGCGACCUCAACCUACUAUGCUCUGUCAUUUUUACGGCAUGUGCUGACAUUUUGGAUAUGGCCGAGCAAGCACGUAAACAGGGGCCUGCUGGGAAUGCGCAGUCUAUUUGGACCGAAGCCAACACCGAUAUACGAGCCAAGCAUGGAUUCGAGCUUACGAGCGUCUUUGACUACAGCUGGAUAUUCGCCAACAGCUUAGAAGAGGUGCUGAUACUUGGCAAAGCUGAACCAGAUGCGAUGGGACGAGCGCGUCACAUCCUGGAGACCUAUGGUGUCAAGCAGAAGGGACAAGAUGCUGAAGGUAUCCGCGACCAUCUGGAUGAGGUGCUGUACGUACGUGAGGCUGAACAGCCCACCCCGAAGAUCCGCGGACUCGUCCAAGUUCAUCAAAUACCCCCCGUAGCGAGACUCUACACACUGGGACAGCUGGAAGCGAAGCCUACCAUGGCGAAACCCUCGAAUCGUUUCAACCACACUGUUUGCCUACUGAGAGAUGACAUCACGAAACUGGAGGUCGACAUCGUGGUAAACUCAACUGAUCCAAGCUUCUCCGGAAUGGGCACUUUAGAUCGCAGCAUCUUCAAGAAAGGAGGAGACAAACUGCGCUCGGAAGUCUCGACUUUCGGGAAAUGUGAAGAGGGCGAUGUCAAAGCGACUGCCGGAUACCUUCUCCCAGCCAAACACAUCCUGCAUGUUGUCCCUCCUGGGGUGUUCAGAAGCGAUACCAAGAACAUCUUGAGGAACAUCUACCGGGCAGUUUUGCAUGAUGCUGUACUCAUGAGAGCGACUUCUAUCGCGAUACCCAGUAUCGGAACUGGUAUGCGAAACUACCCACGACGCGACUGCGCGUCGUUGGCGAUGGAGGAAGUGAAACGUUUUCUGGAAUCCGCUGAGCCGGGUAAUGGGCUUGACAAGAUCAUCUUCGUGGUCUUCUCUUCGAAUGACGAGUUCAUCUAUAAGAGCCUUUUACCGGUGUACUUCCCGCCAACGAAGGGCAAUGCUUCGCCUACUAUCUUGGCGGAACAGCCUGCGCAGGUCGAGGAAAGCUCUUUUUCGUCAUUAAUGCUUCCCACGGGUCUGCCUUCUCUAACGAUCUAUGGACAAAAGAACUGGCGCAGGGCGCGAUUUGGCGAACAACCGGUAAAGUCGCGGGCCUGGAAUGACGACGAAGCCAAGACUUUCAUGGACUUUGAACUACAUGUCGGAACUUGCAAAGUGUGCGAAACCGGUCUCUAUGAGAGAACCCACAAACUCUGCGAGCCCGGCUUCCAUUUCGCCGAAGCGGUUCUGCAGCGGAUGGAGAUGUCAGAAAAUGCGCUUGUGUGGAGCAAAGCGGACGGGCUGGAUUCAGGUGAACAGCUGGAGAUACCGGUUGAACGACUGCCUAGCUCCAUGCUGUUACUUUCCACCGUUGCAAAAGGUGGACUUUAUAUGUCUGAGAAUGCAUAUGCUCAAGUCGAAAAGCCUGACACGGCGGACCUUGAUACACCUGUCUCGCAGCACCCUUCGGUACCAAAAGACCCGGACAAUAUUGCGCAGGCUACUGAGCGACCCCAUGUAGUUCGAGUGGAAGUCUUAUCCCCACGUACCGAUACUGGAGACUGGUUCUACUCAUGGGUUCAGAUCUUCAGGACCAAGAUCGAGAUGUACUCUGGGGAUUAUGAUCCUAAUCUAUACGGAGAAUCUACUGGCCAUACUCCGUAUGCGUCGAUAGAUUUCACUGAUACUGCCAUAGAUGUGCACCGCAGCAAAGAAACGACAGCGUCUUUGUGGAGAGUACCGCCAGGAUCAGACCAGGGAGAAAUGUGGCAUUUUCGUAGCUCAAACGUUGGUGAUACAAUCGCGCUUAUCGAGCUUUUCAAAAGACUUAUUGAUAUCGGGCGCCACAAUCAGGAGAAGAAGAGAAGGGCGGAGGCUGAGAAGACAACGGGCCCGGAAGCGACGAUUGCCUCGGAAAGCGGACGAGAUGUUCUUGAAGAUCCAUUUGCUAGCGUCAACAAUCCCGAUGCCGCAAAACUCGACGACCAAGUCCAGCAAUCCUCCGGUGGCAUGUGGAGCAGAUUGACCGGUCGCUCUGCUGCCGAGGACGAGGAAGGUGCGGGUUCCACUACACUAGACACCACCGCGCCACGUGCUGUCAUACGUGCUACGGCUCUCGAUCCGGGGGGAACUCACAUCCGUUUUGAUACCAUUCUACACGUCUACGAGAGCAAGAUCUUCGUGGAAUUUGAGAAAGACGACCGUCCAGACCAGUACCAUAAUACAAUACACCUCACGAAUGCUAUUCUGGAAUUGGAUCGUAGUAGCGAUGACGAUACAUUGACCUACAAUAAUGUGGCAUGUCUAUGGGUGGAAAAGUUUGGAGAACGGGAAAGAGGAGCAAGUAAGCCGAAGGACGCAUGGUUUUUUCGCACCGACGGAAAGGCAGAAGCAGACGCCUUGUUCGUCGUGCUUCAACAGGCUGUCAAUCGCAAUAGCCAAGCGGAGAAGAAACCAGCAUCUACGGAGGUCGAACAAACAACAAGCCCAGAACCAAUGAAAGCGCCAGUUACACAGUCAGAGGACACUGGAGAAGCAUUCGAUGCAGCAGACUUUCCUGGAGAGAAUCAAAGUCUGGGCGAGGUCAAAGACCAAAUGGAUGACGUCCGUUACUUUAGUAUGGAUCAAAAGAUAAGGGACGCUUCACUCGACACACGUAUCCUUGCUUACCUCGACAAUGAUUUCAAGACGCGACCUAGCUCGUACAUCGGUCAAAAGUUCGAGAACAUCGCUACUGAGUUCGGACUCUACUACCGUAGGCUCAUCGCUUAUACUUUGCAAUGUCUCGCUACAGAAGGAAAAGUCCACAACACUGUCGAUAGCGAGACAUGGGUUAUCUCACAGCCAGGCACCGAGUUUCCUUUGUCGAACCGAGAGGAUCAAACGAAAAGUCUCAGCAGCACUGACACGGAUGUUUUGGCUGGUCUAGUCUUGGGAAACAUCAAGAAUGCAGGCGGGAGACAACUGUUCUUGGCCCUCAUGGAUCAGCUCCAAACUAAUACCGAUGUAUUAUGGCCUGCACUCAGAGGUCUAGCAGCCGACGGGUUCAUCUAUAGUGAGGGUAGUGGAAGGGUGUGGUAUUUGACCGACUUGGGCAGAAAAUCGCUACUCGAGUUGCAAAAGAGAUUCGACGAAGCUGAACCAGAGAUCGGUCAAGACACUGGAUCGUCUCCCCACGUUGGUACCUCUCCCAUCUCUCAACAACUUGCUAUGGAGUCCCUCGAGUCCACGAAGCAGCAUCCAUCGGAUGAGAGCAACACUAUCAUGGAAGAGCUUUUCGAGCUUUUCAAUGCCGAAUCUCAUCUAGAGAACGAUUCCAAUCAUGAUGAAGAUGCAUCAAACAGUCUCUCUCAUCGUGCUUUGACAUACCUGAGAAGUCUGCAUGGCGUGAGCGAGAACAUCUCAGACCUCGCGACUACGCUCGAUACUCAACGGAGUGAACUUCAGCCGGUGCUUAGACAGCUGGAAUCUGAUGGGUUGGUGAAGAACGCGGAGGAUAAGUCGACUUGGUCUGCGACUCUUUUACCGCGUCCUGGUAGUGGCUACAUGCAAUACCCAUGCCCAAACUGGCAAAGGAAAAGUCAUCCUUCAAACUACGACUUCGUCGACAGAAUGGAUAUACUGUGCGCUCAUUGUAUUCAAAAUCCGAAAUGGGAAGAUGCAAGCGUGGAGACCGCUGCACCCGAUGACAACACUUCGACAACCCACGUACGGCCGACUGGCUCAGGAUCUUCGAUCAUGGACGCUGCAAUUGAACGCGGAGAAAUUGUGAUCUCUACGGGAACUAGUUGGCAUGGCUUAGGAGAGUUCAUAACCAGGACUCGAACGACAAUUAAGACAAGCCUAGUGGACGAACGCGUCCUCACUGAGGCAGGGUUCAUUUCUGAUCCGACACAUCCCGGCGAAUACUUCUUGGAACGCGGAGCCCAACGCGGAGCCCGACCCGAAGAAGUUGAAGAAUGGGUCAAGCAGACGAAAGAGCUAAGAGCAAAGGACUCCCAGGUUCCUACACAUACUUUGACGGAAUCGGAAAAUUUGGUCGUGCAUGAUACCUCACCACAAAGUACCCCCAUGUUGGAACCGGCAGAUGUGUUCACCGAUGAUUGGCUAGCAAGUCUGAGUCAAACAGAUGCUUCAAAACUCACGAUAACGGACGCUGAGAUUGAAAGCAAUACGAAGAAAGUGAGAGUUCCGUACGAAACUCCCGAAAAGCCUGGCCGGAUACGCAUACGUCAGCGUCUGGUAGAUGCACGAGUUCUAGAGGAAGAAGGCGAAGCUUUCGAGAUCAGUGGGGAUAGUCUUUUCCUACCUCGCGUUCCCAGACGCCGUGAGAUCAGGGUAUGGGCAGAGAAAACAAGAGGACUUAGGACGGGGCAGGGUGAAAUGACUUCGGAGCGAGAGCCUGCGCCACACCCACGCCCACCAUCAUAUGAUCCUUCCAGAAUGAGCCAAGCUGGCAGGUGGAGAGAUCGGGUAGCAAUAGUAACGCAGGCUGCCAAAUCCCGCCAGGUACCAGCGGAGGAUGUGGAAGAAGGCAGUGAGAAUGGGGCAAGCACGUCAAGUGCUCUCAAGAGAUUCAAGAUGAGACAGGACGAACUACUCAACUCGUGGCCCCGCAGGGGAUUAGCGGAGGAUGUGGAAGAAGGCAGCGAGAACCGGGCAGGCAUGCCAAGUACCGGGAAGAGAGUCAGGAAUGAAAAGUACAAUAGACUCAACUCGGGACGCAAGACGAGCGGAAAGGCCCCCCUCAAGUCGGAGUUGUCCGACGAACAGGAGGAGGACUAUGAGGACGAUGAGGGUGCAGAUUAG